AUGCACGUCUACCUCCAAGAUACACCGCGGGUGAUCGCGCUCGUCUCGGACGAUCUCGAGAUCAACGCGCAGGGUCAUCUGAACGAGAAAUCCGGCUCUUCAACUCCCGUCGCAUCGCCAACUGCCAUCCUCAUCUCCACGCAAGCACCCGAAGCCGCACCGUCGGAUGCCGCAUCGACCCUCAAUGGCUCAACAGCCGCCCUCGCACACUCAGCCGCAAAGGCGGUCGUCGAGGUGGUCAAGGAGAACGAGCUUCGUGCUUUGACCUUGCAGAGGCUCACCUCCAAGCCCAUCCACGGCUGUCUCGGCCUCAUCAAUGUCGGCCAGGAUCUCUUCGUCGCCGUCGUCACCGGGGCCCAGGAGGUCGGCGCCAUUCGUCCGGGCGAGGUGGUGAUGCGCAUCACAUCGGUAUCCUUCUACUGCGUCCACCGAGCCACCUGGGACGAGACGCUCAUCUCUGAAGCCUCCGCUUCCCAGAUCGAGGCUCACGACUCGUACGGCCCAGGUCACGAAGGCGCUGUCACCCAGCCAAGCCUGUACGAGCAUCCCUGCACAAGUCUCAAGAAGCUCCUGAGCACCGGCACCUUCUACUUUGCAAAAGGAGGAACCUUUGAUCUGUCGACACGCCUGGACAAGCGACUCGCGGAUGCGGCCAAACACGCACACGACAUUUCUCGCUACGACGGCCGCUUUGUCUGGAACAACUACAUGAUCGAGCCGCUGAUCAGCUUCCGCGAGCGUCUCGAUCGACACGAUCGUGCAAGAGUCGAUGCCGAAUGCUUCUUGCUUCUUGCCAUCCAAGGCUUCGUUGGUGCAUUCGAGGUGCCAGUCGCUCCCAAUCCGUUGCCUCCUGCUGCGGCGUCUCCCGAGACGGCCGCAUCGAGCUCGUCUGGCGCCAAAGCUGCGGGAACACUCGCGCUUAUCAGCCGUCUCAGCUGGAAGAGGGCUGGCACCCGCUUCAACACGCGCGGCAUCGAUGACGACGGCAACGUGGCCAACUUUGUCGAGACAGAGACUCUCUUCAGCGACGGCACCCUCACCGCCACCUUCGUCCAAGUGCGCGGCUCGGUCCCAUUGUUCUGGGAGCAGCAGGGUCUGCAGGCCUUCAACGCCAAGAUCCAAAUCACCAGGUCUCGCGGUGCUUCUCAGCCCGCGUUCGAUCGCCACUUCGCCGAUCUCAUCUCCCACUACUCGCGCGUACAUGCCAUCAACCUGCUGGGCACUCGCGAUGCAGAGACCGUGCUCACAGCUGCCUACGCUGAGCACAUGCGACACAGCGCAGCCGAGGCGAUCGCUCCUCUGCCCGGUGAUGAACCCAUCUCCAGCCGCGGCGAGCCGGUCGAGGACGAUGGCUCCGAGCGCAUCGGCCUCACCAAUUUCGAUUUCCACACCGUCUCCCGCAACACGGGCGGCAUCGACGGCGUCCGCAGCGAGCUUCGCUACCUGGGUCCCGUCCAGCUCAAGCGCAAGGCCUUUGGCUUUUCCCUGAUCGACAAUGCAUCAGGCCAAUUGCUGCGCCGCCAGAAGGGCGUCUUCAGGACCAACUGUCUCGACUGCCUCGAUCGCACCAACGUCAUCGAAGACAUGCUCUCACGCUCCAUGCUCGACACCUUUGUCGAGGCGGUGGCGAAUCGCGACGUCGCUCAGCAGGUCUUGCAGGACCCACACCAUCCUCUGUGGGUCCACCACCGCGUGCUCUGGGCCGAAAAUGGAGAUGCGCUCUCCAAGAUCUAUGCCGGCACCGGCGCGCUCAACUCGAGCUUCACCAGGAGUGGCAAGAAGACGCUGGGUGGUCUGCUGAGCGACGCCGCCAAGAGCGCAGGUCGCAUGUACAUCAACAACUUCCAGGACAAGAACAAGCAGAACGUCAUCGAUGCUCUCCUCGGCAACAUGGCCAAUCAGAGGCCUGUUGCGGUCUUUGAUCCCGUGCUCGACAGCGUAACGGCCGAGCUCAAUGCGCGGGUGGAUGAGUACUCGUCCAGCCGGAACAUCACCAUCUUUGCUGGGACGUACAAUCUCAACGGCAAGUCGCCCGGCGAGUCUCUCAUUCCUUGGCUGUUCCCAGACGGCGAAGAGAACGAGCCCGACAUCUUUGCCAUCGGCUUCCAAGAGAUCGUCCAGCUGACCCCGCAGCAGAUUCUCAUGACCGAUCCCGACAAGAUCCGAAUCUGGGAGGCCAAGAUCAUGGAGACCAUCGCACGCAGGCCGAACCGCAAGUCGCGAUACAUCCUCCUGCGCAGCGAGCAGCUGGUUGGAACCGCGCUCGUCAUUCUCAUCAAGGAGGAGCUCGUCAACGAUGUUCGGCUCGUCGAAGCCGCCACGCGCAAGACGGGUCUCAAAGGCAUGAGCGGCAACAAGGGCGGUGUCGCCAUCCGCAUGGACUACUACGACACUUCCAUCUGUUUUGUCACGGCUCACUUUGCCGCUGGCCAUUCGGCGUACGAAGAAAGGAACGCCGACUACUGGACUAUUACCAGAGGGCUCUCCUUUGCUCGCGGCAAGACCAUCGCAAGCCACGACCACGUCAUCUGGCUCGGCGACUUCAAUUAUCGUAUCGAUCUGACCAACGAUGCCGUGCGUUCGAUGGCAGCACGAGAAGAUCUGGCCGGACUCAUUGCCCGGGAUCAGCUCCGACGCAGCAGGGAGGUCGGCGACGUCUUUCCUGGCUACGAAGAAGGGCCCAUCACCUUUGCCCCGACUUACAAGUACGACAACGGAUCAGAUCAGUACGACUCGUCAGAGAAGCAGCGCAUCCCUGCAUGGACCGAUCGCAUCCUCUUCCGCGGCCUCGGCCUGCAGCAGCAGAGCUACUCGAGGGCAGAGCUCAAGACAAGUGACCACCGACCAGUGUACGCUACGUUUGUGGGACCUGUGCGCAUCGUGGACCACCUCAAGCGCGAUACGAUCCGCAAGCAGCUGCUGCAACAGAAGAAGGCGACCGAUGGGCUGGCUGCCGCCGGAUCGAUCUCGUCGGACACUGAUGACGACGAGAGCCUGCCUGAUCCGUCUGAUGACCAUCAACAAUGGUGGAACAGUUCGGCGGCGGCGUCGGACGAGUCUGGCUCGGAGGAUGGAGACCCGGACCGCGACACCUCUAAUCCGUUCCGCCGAGACGUGACUUCCCGCCCGUUGCACCGGCAUGCGUUGCUCGCUGCGGAUCGUCAGCCACGCAAAGGCAGCUUUUCGGGAGAUAAGAGGUCUGUAAACCGUGGGACGGGUGAUCGUGCCACCUCAAUGCCAUCCUCUCCCACAACGGCCGUGCGCAGCAAAGCUCCGGAAGAGUCAUUCACGGCCGGGGCUGCGCUGCGUCACACUACGUCCACCUCACCAACGAUCGAGAGGCGCGUCAUUUCCGGUCCUGCCCACUCGAGGCCAGCGCCACCACCGAUCCCGGUCAAGCCGACGGCCUCGGGGGCACCAAGUUCCAACGGCGCUGCUUCGAUCGCGGCUAGCUCGGUCGGCUCGGCUUCAUCCACCAAGCCGGAGCUGCCCAAACGACCGGGCAUGGGAUCGCGCUCCGCUUCCUACUCGUCGCACAAGUCCAAGAAGAGUUUGCUCGACGACAGCGACUAG